GCAAUCGAGCGGAGCGGCUGAAGCAGUCGAGCCUGAGCCAUCACCCAAUUCUACCCGUCUUGACUACCCGGGCUAACUUUAGCUACAUGUGCUGAGGUCGAGGGGGAAACUGAUCUCAACUGUAACAAUGCCGACAGUUACUUUACCGCCGAAAGAGAACGCUCUCUUCAAGAGGAUUUUGCGAUGUUACGAACACAAGCAGUACAGAAACGGGCUCAAGUUCUGUAAACAAAUUCUGUCCAACCCUAAGUUUGCUGAGCAUGGAGAGACCCUGGCGAUGAAGGGACUGACCCUGAACUGUCUGGGGAAGAAGGAGGAGGCUUAUGACCUGGUGAGAAGAGGCCUUCGCAAUGACCUCAGGAGCCACGUCUGCUGGCAUGUGUAUGGCCUACUGCAGCGCUCGGAUAAGAAGUACGAUGAGGCUAUCAAGUGUUACCGCAAUGCUCUGAAGUGGGACAAGGACAACCUGCAGAUCCUCCGAGACCUGUCGUUGCUGCAGAUCCAGAUGAGAGACCUCGAGGGCUACAGGGAGACACGGUACCAGUUGUUGCAAUUGCGUCCAGCACAGCGGGCAUCCUGGAUCGGCUAUGCCAUCGCCUAUCACCUAUUGGAGGACUACGAGAUGGCAGCAAAAAUCAUUGAGGAGUUCAGGAAAACACAACAGACGUCUCCAGACAAAGUGGACUACGAAUACAGCGAGUUACUGCUGUACCAGAACCAGGUGCUGAGAGAAGCAGGCCUGUACAAGGAGGCCCUGGAGCAUUUAUCCAACUAUGAGAAGCAGAUCUGUGACAAACUGGCUGUGGAGGAGACACGAGGAGAGCUACUGUUGAAGCUGGAACGUCUGGAUGAAGCAACAGAAGUCUACCGUCGCCUGCAGGAGAGGAACCCAGAGAACUGGUCCUAUUACCGCGGCUUGGAAAAUGCCCUAAAGCCAGGCGGUGUAGAAGAGAGACAAAAGAUCUAUGAAGAUGCCUGGGACAAGUUUCCCAAAGGAUUGGUUCCUCGCCGGCUGCCCCUCAACUUCCUCUCUGGUGAUAAGUUCAGAGAGUGUCUGGACAGGUAUCUGCGGAUGAACUUCAGUAAAGGCUGUCCGCCCGUCUUCACCACCCUCAAAUCACUUUACAACGACAAAGAAAAGGUGGCAAUAAUAGAGGAGUUGGUGGUCGGCUAUGAAACCUCAUUAAAAAGCUAUAGAAUGUUCAACCAGAACGAUGAUGGUAAGGAGGAACCCCCGACCACUUUGCUCUGGGUGCAGUACUUCCUGGCACAACACUAUGACAUGAUUGGCCAACAGACACUGGCGCUAGAAUAUAUCAACGCAGCAAUUGAGAGUACGCCUACGCUCAUCGAGCUCUUCCUUAUCAAAGCCAAGAUUUACAAGCAUGCUGGGAACAUUAAAGAAGCUGCUCAGUGGAUGGAUGAGGCCCAGGCUCUGGACACUGCCGACAGAUUUAUCAACUCCAAGUGUGCCAAGUACAUGCUGAAGGCUGGCAUGGUCAAAGAGGCCGAGGAAAUGUGCUCCAAGUUUACACGGGAGGGAGCGUCAGCAGUGGAGAACCUCAACGAGAUGCAGUGUAUGUGGUUCCAGACAGAGUGUGCACUAGCCUACAAGGCCAUGAACAAGUUUGGGGAGGCCCUCAAGAAAUGCCACGAGAUUGAAAGGCAUUUUGUGGAGAUCACAGACGACCAGUUUGACUUCCACACCUACUGCAUGAGGAAGAUGACGCUACGCUCUUAUGUGGACCUAUUGAAGCUGGAAGAUGUGCUGCGGAUGCAUCCCUUCUACUACAAGGCUGCCAUCAGUGCCAUCCAGAUCUACCUGAGCCUCCACGACAAUCCCCUGACUGACGACAGCAAGGAGCUGCAGGCUGACACUGCAAACCUUUCGGACAAAGAGCUUAAGAAGCUGAGAAACAAACAGCGGAGAGCCCAGAAGAAGGCCCAGCUGGAGGAGGAGAAGAAAAAUGCAGAGAAAGAGAAGCAACUCAAGAACCAGAAAAAGAAAAAGGAGGAUGAUGAUGAGGAGAUAGGAGGGCCCAAGGAGGAGCUAAUACCUGACAAGCUGGUCAAGGUAGAAAAUCCACUGGAAGAAGCUGUCAAGUUCUUGAUGCCUCUCAAACACCUAGUCAAGGACAAAAUAGACACACACCUACUGGCCUUUGAGAUCUACUUCAGGAAAGAAAAAUACCUGUUGAUGCUCCAGUCGGUGAAGAGAGCAGUGGCCAUUGACCCAGACCACCCGUGGUUACACCAGUGUCUAGUACGCUUCUUUAAAGGAGUCUCAGAAAGCAAAGAGCUACCAGAGGUGGUCAGGACGGUGCUGAAGCAGGAGAUCACCCGGCUGUUCGGAGACAGCAAUGCCAUGAGCUUCAACCAGGCCUACCUCACCAAGCACUCAAACUCCAUACCACACCGACUGGCUGCUGCUAAGAUGAUGGUGUAUCUGGACUCGUCGACGGAAACGAAGGCAGCAGAGCUGGCUACUGCACUAGAUGAGUCACUCAACAACAGAACCAUAGAGAUCUGCACAGAGAUCCUGGAAUGUCUUCGGAGUGGUGUGUUGGGUGACUGUACGGAGCGUGCAGAGUCGUACCGCGCAGAGUGUCACAAGCUUUACCCCUACACGUUAGCUUUCACACCUCCUGGAUACGAGGAAAACACAAAGAUCGCCAACGGAGACAUAUCCACGGAAACGGAGGAGCUAGCCAAUGAGAUGUGAGCGCAACAGAACAACAAAGGAUUAGAAAAGGAAUUGAGCCGAGUGCAGAGCCUUGUGGUACGCCUGGCAGACAUUUUGUAGAGCCAGACACAGGAAGCAAAAAUGGGUGUUUCGUUCUUUGGCUCAGCUCAAUCGGGUCUGUCCUGGCAUGGCUUGUCUCUCCCACAUGGUGAAAAUCAGGACUGUGUGUGUGUGUGUGUGUGUGUGUGUGUGUGUGUGUGUGUGUGUGAGAGAGAGGGAGGGAGUGAGAGAAAGAGGGGAGGGGGAUAACAGAAUGGCCAUUUUACUUUUUUUUAAUAAAGCUGACAACCAAGCUGAAUAUGAAAAUUAACAAUAGUUAUUGGCAAACUGUUCGGAGAAACUGUGACGGACUGUCAGUUUCCUUGGAGAUGAUCAAUAACGGUAACAGCAACCACUCAAGUUUGACUUGAUGCUGUUCCGACACGCCUAUCGCAUACUGCCUAUCCCUUAUUUUAAAAAGCUAAUUUAAAUGAAAAUAGGACACAAAUGUCGCUGGGGGACAGGAGACUGAGCUGAGAGGAUCUGAUCUUUGACAGAUCUGUAGGAAGCUGAGCAGGAAGAGAUACUGAGGACAUCCAGCAACCACAAGCGAAUCUGUAUCUGCUGUACCGCUUCAGUAAACUGAUCUACAUGUGGCAGUGCAGUGGAGUGUCUAAGGAAGGCCUGAUCUCUGCAGGGGCACAGCACAAAUGUCACCUCACAUGUGAACAGUUUUUUGUGUGUUUUUGAUUUUUUUUCUUUCUAUCUUUCUUUCUUUCUUUUUUUUUCUUUUUUGGUCAAACUGUGCUUCCCUCACGGUUCCUGGUUAAACUUGGGAAUAUGUAAUCCUCUGUCUGUUAAUAUGGAGCACCUUGUAGCACAGAUUAAAAACUGUAAAGGGUGUGUGUUGUGCUCCAUUUCAAAUACACUGCUACUCUUAACAUUUUUACGUAGUUCCGAGAGAGUUGGAUAGAUCUAAGCAAUACCAUAGACACCUUCCUGUCCAUAAUGGAUCAAUGACGCUCUUCUUAUUGAUAAUCAUUUCUAGAUCGGGUUGAAGUGGUUACACGGAGCCUCCUGGCAGUCACUUGUGUCGUUGCUGUUGUCACUGAUAGAAAUGGUUUUAUCUGCAUGAACACAGAGACUCUAACAGUCAGAGUGGAAACAUCCUACUUCAGAGGGCUCUUUUCUGCAAAUUCACAUGGCUCCAUUAAAGGUCAGAGUUCAGCAUCCAAACCUGUUGCCCAAGUUGACAGAAGCAAAAUUGUUACAAGGCGAGUAAAGGUAUGAGCAUCUGAAAUACAUUGUUUUACUUUUUCUGUUUCCCCCCUUUUCCCCCACAAUCUCUUUUCUUUCUCUUUUUUUUUUCUCUCAUUUGGGUUCUAAUGUGAAAGAUGAAAUCUGAGAUGGCGAUGUAUGAUACCUCUGGAUUUUUGUAUUAAAACCAAACAAAUGAAAGCAA